GCAUUUUUUGCCUUUUAUCGUAGAAGUGUAAUCUGUAUGCAACAAGACUUAUUUUAGACGUUAUUUUGUUCAUUCGCAAAAAGUCGAGUGAACUACCAUAAAAGGGGACCGACUUUUUACCAGACCGACCUUUUACCAGAAAAGUUGUAACAUGGAUCUUUUACCAGACUCGAUAAACAAAUUCGAUUGAAAGAUCGUUUAGUCUGGUUAAAGGCAAGUUUCACAGCGAAUUUUUGUUCGUUCUAAUCGCUUCCUUUUUAAAUUUCCCCUUAAUUUAAACGUAUUUUAAAAAAAUUAUUGCAUUGCGGUCUGCUUAAAAUACGGUCUGGUAAAACGUUGAACUGGUAAAAGACCUAGCCCCCAAUAAAAGGAACGGCUUGCGGCUUCUUUUCAAAAGAAAGUGGCAUUAAGUCACCGAAAACAUAACAUCGGUACAUGUUCGGCCACUUGUUUACUUUGCAACUUCAUUAGUGCCAUUGAUCAGCUCUAAAACAGAUUAAAGUUUCUUUUGUGCAAGCUAGAAAAUCUUUCAGUAAACAACAAUUCAAAGAAUGUGCGAUGAAGAUGUUGCCGCUAUUGUCGUUGACAACGGAUCCGCAAUGGUCAAAGCCGGAUUCGCUGGCGAUGACGCACCACGAGCAGUGUUUCCUUCAAUUGUCGGAUAUCCCCGUCAUCAAGGAGUCAUGGUCGGCAUGAAACAGAAAGACUCGUACGUCGGAGACGAGGCGCGGAGCAAGCGUGGAAUCCUAACUAUCAAAUACCCGAUUGAGGACGGACUCGUGACCAACUGGGAUGCCAUGGAAAAGAUCUGGCACCACACCUUCGAUAACGAACUCCGAGUUGCUCCAGAGGAACACCCGGUGCUCCUAACUGAAGCACCUUUGAACCCGAAGGCAAACAGUGAAAAAAUGACUCAGAUCAUGUUCGAAACCUUCAAUUCACCAGCUAUGUACUUGGCCAUCCAAGCUGCCCUGUCUCUGUAUUCCUCUGGGCGAACAACUGGAAUCGUGAUGGACUCUGGCCAUGGUGUCUCCCACACAGUGCCUAUCUACGAGGGAUACGCACUGCCUUGUGACAUCACCCGACUGGAUGUUGCCGGCCAAGAUCUAACAGACUACUUGAGAAAGAUCAUGGAUGAGCGUGGAGACUACUAUUACUCCGGCCACAAUGAGCGAGAAGUCAUGCAAGACAUCAAGGAGAAGCUGGCCUAUACUGCACUCGAUUUCGAGCAGGAAAUGCAAACAGCUGCUUCCAGCUCCAGCCUCGAGAAGACGUACGAGCUUCCCGACGGCCAGGUGAUCACAAUAGGCAACGAGCGAUUCCGAUGCCCUGAAGCCCUCUUCCAACCCGCCUUCAUCGGAUUGGAAUCUGCAGGAGUUCACGAGACAAUGUACAACUCAAUCAUGAAGUGCAAUGUCGACCUCCGAAAAGAUCUCUACGCCAACAUCGUGUUGUCUGGAGGUACUACUAUGUUCCCUGGGUUCGCCGACUGAAUGCAAAAGGAGAUAACCGCCCUGGCUCCACCAACCACGAAGAUUAAGAUCAUCGCUCCUCCCGAAGGGAAGGUCUCGGCCUGGAUCGGAGGAUCGAUAUUGGCUUCUCUGCCUACCUUCCCGCAGAUGUGGAUCAGCAAGAAGGAGUACGAUGAGUCUGGACCCUCGAUUGUGCACCGAAAGUGCUUGCUAAGUUGAUAAUUCGCCAUAUUGAAACUUUAAUUGAUACUAAUAGAUUUUAGAUUUUUGCCAUAGAUUUUUUUUGGUUAUAAAGUUUAUGGCAAAAAAUUUAAAACGGCAGCAAAGACUUUAUGUUUUA